AUGCCUACCACCACAGCCGAGACCCUUUCCUUCGUCAACAAAAAUGUUACAGUUGCCCCUCUCGUCCUUCUCUCCGUCGUAGACCAUUUCAAUCGGGUAGCCAAGGGCACACGGAAGCGGGUGGUCGGUGUUCUGUUGGGUCAGAACGAUGGGAAUAAUGUACGGGUGUCAAACAGCUUUGCAGUUCCGUUCGAGGAAGAUAGCGACGAUCCGUCCGUCUGGUUCUUAGAUCACAACUAUGUCGAGAACAUGAACGACAUGUUUAAGAAGGUCAACGCCCGAGAGAAGUUAAUAGGCUGGUACCACUCGGGACCCAAACUGCGCGCAUCCGACCUUCAGAUCAACGAGCUCUUCAAGCGAUACACCCCAAACCCGCUUCUAGUCAUCAUCGACGUCCAACCUAAGGAGUCUGGUGUCCCAACAGAUGCGUACUUUGCAGUAGAGGAGAUCAAAGACGACGGCACAACCACAUCCAAAACCUUUGUACACACCCCUUCCACUAUCGAAGCUGUGGAGGCGGAAGAGAUUGGCGUCGAGCACCUACUCCGAGAUAUUCGCGACGUGGCUAUCGGAACUCUAUCAACACGAAUCACAAACCAGCUGCAAUCUUUGCAAGGACUACAUCUCCGAUUACGUGAUAUCCAAGCAUACCUCCAGAAAGUUCAAGACGGUAAAUUACCAGUGAACCACGCCGUCUUAGGAAACCUCCAAGAUAUCUUCAACCUACUCCCCAACCUGUCGACACCUAAGCCUGGCGUCGAAGGAAAGGCCGGUAACGUGGGCGAACUAUCUUACGCGAUGAGCGUCAAGACGAACGACCAGCUCCUCGCCAUCUACCUCAGCAGUUUAAUCCGCGCCAUCACGGCGUUCCACGACCUGAUCGAGAACAAGAUCCAGAACCGGCAACAACAGGAAGAGAAGGAGGCGAAGGAGGAAGCUGCCGCGGCGGCAGGCAAAGACGACAAGGACAAGAAGGAAAACGGCAUUAACGGCGAUUCUACAGAGAAGGGUAACGACAAGGAAAAGAAGAAAUAG